CACACCUUCUGCACGCCUUUCCACCAGAACCCGCAUAGGAAGGCAUGGAACAAUGAACAGGUACCCUGCUGUCACUCCGUUCCACACACCGAUUUGUGCAGGAAGCAUAGUGGCAGCAGUAACAAGAUACCCAAGGUGACUUUAACAAAACAGAAACCAGGACAGUUAAGGUGUCUGACUCUGUACCUGUCAUAGCCACAACUAAAUGUGAAAUUACUAGUUUCGGGUGCUUUUUCCUUCUUUGCAGGUCUCACCUGAGCUGCCGCAAGUGGCGACUCUGAAUCCUUCAACCGUCGGAAGAAGUAAAUCGUGCUGGAUUAAAGCCUGAAUCAGCUUUUUAAACAAUUUAAAUAUCAAGCAGACGCAAAACAUCUAAGUUGAAAAUGAUGGGGAGUGAGCAGUAGCAGAAGUCACGUUUUAUUCAUAACGAUCCUCUGGUGUCUACCCACCUGUGCACCCCCCCCCCCCCAAGCUGACUAUGGUUCCAGGGAUGAUAGCCAGGGGCUGGCCUCUCUUACUGACAGCUGUGAUGGGGCCUCUUCAGGAGUCCGCUGCUGACAAUGUCCGUUUGUUCGCACUCACCAAUGAGAGCUCCAUUUCUGGACGGAAAACAGGUGAACGGGCAUUUCACGGGGAGCAGGUAUCCCACGUACAGGACGAGGAGGAAAGGCUGCACGUUUUCACUCUGGUUUACAACUAUGUACAGAUCCCGUUUGAGAUUACACUAUGGAUUCUCCUGGCUUCCUUAGCUAAAAUUGGUUUCCAUCUCUAUAAAAAGUUGCCCUCUCUUGUUCCAGAAAGUUGUCUGCUGAUAAUGGUUGGACUUCUGAUUGGUGGAAUUAUGUUUGGUGCUAAUGAAGAGUCCCCUCCUGUUAUGAGUACAAAGGUUUUCUUUCUUUACCUUCUUCCACCAAUUGUUCUUGAUGCUGGAUAUUUCAUGCCAACAAGACCUUUCUUUGAAAACAUUGGAACCAUUCUGUUGUAUGCAGUUAUAGGAACACUUUGGAAUGCAUUUGGUAUUGCUAUCUCACUGUAUGGCAUUUGCCAAGUUGAGCUUUUUGGUCUUUCUGACAUUUCCAUCUUGCAGUGUUUACUUUUUGGAAGCCUGAUUUCUGCUGUCGACCCAGUAGCAGUACUGGCAGUCUUUGAAGAAAUCCAUGUGAAUGAGCAGCUUUAUAUCCUAGUAUUUGGAGAAUCUCUGCUUAACGAUGCUGUUACCGUAGUACUCUACAAUUUGUUCAAAUCUCUCUGCCAAAUGAACACUAUUAAGGCUAUCGAUAUAGUUGUAGGAGUUGUACAAUUCUUCUUGGUUGGAAUCGGUGGUGUGCUCUUGGGGAUCAUAUUUGGAUUUGUGGCAGCCUUCACCACUCGCUUUACAAAGAAUGUUCGUUCUUUUGAGCCUCUCUUUGUCUUCAUGUACAGUUACCUGUCUUAUUUGACAGCUGAAAUGUUUCAUCUUUCUGGCAUUAUGGCGAUAGUGACUUGUGCCAUGAGUAUGAAACCUUAUGUGAAAGAAAACAUAUCCCAAAAGUCCCAAACAACCACCGAAUAUUUCCUGAAGAUGUGGAGCAGUGUCAGUGAGACUCUCAUCUUUAUCUUUAUGGGAGUCUCAACAGUAGGGGACAGGCAUGAGUGGAACUGGGCUUUUGUCUGCUUCACACUUCUAUUUUGCUUGGUAUGGCGUGCCAUAGGUGUGCUUGUACUGACUGAGAUCAUUAACCAGUUCCGCACUAUUACACUCACACGUAAGGAUCAGUUCAUUAUUGCUUACGGUGGACUUCGAGGAGCCAUAUGCUUUUCACUUGUGUUUCUCCUUCCUGCAGAAGUGUUCAAAAGGAAAAAUUUAUUCAUCACUUCAACAAUUGUAGUUAUUCUCUUUUCUGUCUUCAUUCAGGGGUUGACGAUUCGACCUCUGGUUAAUUUUUUGGAAGUUAAAAGAUCAGAGAAAAAGAAUCCAGUAGUGAGUGAAGAAAUUUACAUUCGGUCUAUGGACCACCUAGUAUCUGGUGUUGAAGAUAUUUGUGGACAGUGGAGCCAUUACUACUUGAAGGACAAAUUCAAAAACAUUAAUGUCAAGUACCUGAGGAAAAUUUUGAUUGGGAAUAAGAUGCCAGAGUCCAGCAUUAUUUCUCUAUAUAAAAAACUGGAACUGCAACAUGCAAUUGACCUGGCUGAAAGUGGACAGCUGAGUACAGUGCCAUCAUCUGCUUCUCUGUUAAGCAGAAAAGAAAUUAAGGUAACCUUUACAGAUGAAGAAUCAGACAGACUACGGGAAAUGUUGUCAAAAAGUCUAUACAACAUUAGGCGAAGAACAGUUUCAUACAGCAGACAUUCUCUUCCCAGAGAUUCAAGAGAGAGCGAAACCAAAGAAAUCUUACUUCGUCGUCACAACAGCCUGAGGGAAAGCCUGAGAAAGUCAGGCACUCUGCCACAACAAAUGCGGCUUGGUGCCAAAAAAGCAAGAAAUUUGUCUCUUCCUUAUAAUGUUAAACUUCCAUCCAAAUCAGAUAACAGCAACACCUCACCGGGUUGCAAAACUAAUGGUUCAGAGAGAGUUCACCUUCCUGAGAAGUAUCAUAUAAAACCCAAAUAUGGACCACCCAUGAAGAAGCCGAAGCCAAACAGAAUGGACAGAAAUAAUGUUAUUUUAAGGGGCCAGUACAAAGGAGCAACCUCAUACCCUCAGAGCUUUGAAAAUACAAGAGAAGUCUCUGAGGAAGCAAGCGAGGCAAAGCAACUGUAUAUGCAAAAUCCAGAAUGUGAGCAGCUGUGUGAAGAAGACAGGGAAUUCAGAAAUGAAUGGCAUAUUGGGGAGGAUAGUUUCACAAUGUCUCCCGUAACUGGAUGGACAUCUGAUACAACAGAAUAUGGCAACAUUUGUGAAGCAGCAGAACCUUUACUGAGGGCAUCCAGCAGCAGCACAAGCAGCACAGUUGUUUAACCCAUGUUUUCUCUACAAGGGUAUAUUCUAGAAGUUUGUAGUUGUGAGAAGUAACCUGAUCUGCAGCCAGAAUGAAAAAUAAGUGACAAGUCUUUGAUUGUCUUGAAGUUCAAGGGCUGGUUAUCAUUUUUUUUUUAAUACAGAAGUAAUUUUCAUAUUGCUCUUCA